AUGACAGAAGUUCCUGUGCUUUUUAUUCAAAUUGUUCGAGGUUUAAAUGAUAGAGUUUAUGAAAAGCGGAAGACCGCAGCAUUAGAAAUUGAAAAACUUGUUCGCGAUUCAAUUUCAAACAAUGACACUGAACGUGUUAGAGCUAUUGUUAGAAAACUUGUGCAAGAUUUUACUUAUUCUACGAAUAAUUAUGCAAAGAGUGGUGGAUUGAUUGGUUUGGCUGCAACAUCUAUAGCAUUAGGAAUUGAUGUAGCUACAUAUCUAGACGAAAUAGUUCCACCAGUUUUAUCGUGUUUUGCUGAUCAAGAUUCACGUGUAAGAUAUUACGCAUGUGAAAGUAUGUAUAAUAUUGCAAAAGUAUCCAAAGGUGAAAUUUUAAUAUAUUUCAAUGAAGUUUUUGAUGCCAUGAGCAAGAGUGAGCCUGAUACAGAUCCUUCUGUUAAAAAUGGAGCAGAAUUGUUGGAUAGAUUGAUCAAAGAUCUUGUUGCGGAACAUGCGAUAACAUAUGUUUCUUCUUUUGCUGUUCAUCCUUUUACAACAGUCAAUACUACUGAUUCAACACCGGAUAUUACAUCUAUUCCUCAAACAACUGCAUUUUCAUUGCCAAAAUUCAUUCCAUUACUUUCAGAACGCAUACAUGUAAUGGAUCCUUUCACGCGCAACUUUUUAGUUUCGUGGAUAAAAGUGUUAGAUUCGAUUCCUGAUUUGGAAUUGGUUUCCUUUCUUCCUGAUUUUUUGAAUGGUCUACUGCAAUUUUUAAGUGAUCCAAAUAAAGAUAUAAGGUAUGCGACAUCUAACAUCCUAGCAAAUUUUUUGGCUGAAAUCUGUGAUGCUGCUACAAUUAAUGAACAACAAAAAAAAUAUGCUAUUAAAAAAUAUUAUAUUGAGCAACAAAAACAAUUAACUGCUACUAUUUCCGAAGUUACUACAACCAAUGAGGCAGGCGAUGAUGGCUUAAUUGGUGGUGGUGAUUAUGGUGACGGUGAUGUUUCCCAUAAUGCUAUUAGUAAAUUAUUAUUAGUUGAUGAUAAUGGUAAUUUAAAAUGGGAUUUUGAUGAUCCAGAAGGUAGAGGAAAAGGAUCUUGGGUCCCGGGCCAAGGUGUUGUCAUUGAUUACACUAGAAUAGUACAAAUUUUGAUGCCACAUUUAUCUUCACAUGAGGAGGAGAUACAAGCAACAGCUUUGAAAUGGAUCAAUGCAUUCAUAAAUUUAGCCAAAGAGGUCAUAAUAUCAUUUACUCCGCAACUUAUAAGUGCAGUUUUACCAUCAUUGGCUCAUUCAUCUUCUAAUAUCCUUUAA